CUGCCCUUAUGUAGCACAAGGUGAACGAGGUAACUGCUUUCAUUGGAUCCACACAGCUACAAGAACUCUGCCAACAAUCUCAAAUUUUGCCGUCUGAAAUAGAAAUGGCACACGAAGAAAAAGGAAGCAUUACGUAACAGCAACAUCUAGUUCCAAUAGAGAAGUUGGUCCAGUAAAAGGGAUUACCUCAUCCACCUCUCUCUAAUAUCCUGGGACCAACACUUAAGCAGCAUGUUUGUUGCCAGCUAUGAAAUUAUUGAUCAGCUUUAAAAUCUGUCUCUGCAGCCCCCUGUCCGGUUACCCUGGGUUUUUGAGGUUAAUGCCUGACACCUGACCAGCUUAAUAAACUGAGUCUAUUAUCAGAUUAGGAACUGAAGACAUCUGCUCCACUGGCCAUCUGGUAAGUCUGAAGGAGUCUUCAAGUGGGAAGCAGAAGGAGAGAGCAGAGGCCAUCCUCUCAGCAGCCUGUACAGAUGUAUCUCUAAAAGCUCUCAGCAUUUCGGAAAGGAAAAAGCCCUCACCCAAGUAGGGCAACAUGGCUCAAGAUCUCACAGAAAAAGAACUGCUGAAGAUGGAACUUGACCAGCUGAAAAAGGAAGUGAAGAAUGAAAGGCAAAUGGUCUCCAAGACGGGCAAAGAGCUCAAGGAGUAUAUAGAAUCCAUGGCAGCAGAGGACCCUCUUUUGAAAGGUGUUCCUGAGGAUAAGAACCCUUUUAAGGAGAAGGGAGGCUGUAUAAUUAGUUGACCCCUGCCACUCACAGACAAACUUCGGACCCUUUCCUCCUACAAAACCAUGACUGUAAGAAUUUUGCUUACCCUGUAGCAUGAUCUUUCGAUUGGGUGGGGCCGCCCCCAAAAACGAAACCCUUUUGAAGUGCAGCACAUCUAUGGGAGGGAAAAAAAGGAUAUUGGAGACGUACCUAAAUUUAGCAGUAAGAAGGCAGCCUUCUUCUCUAGGCUCUCACAGCGGAUUUCCAUUUAGUUUAAUAUACACACAUUUGUUGAACUUGCUGCACUUCUAUCAAUCAACACUUAAAUCAGGCAUUAAGAAAACCUUGAGCCUAUAAAGCUUAACUUCAGACUUGACCUCCCUAUAGCACAAGGUGGAAGGCAAUUCCACUUGACUUGGGCGACUGUGAGUAAGUCACUUAACCUCUGUGACAGAAGUUCCCCAUCUGUAAAACCGGGAUAAUAAUGCUUGCUCGCCUUUGACAAAGCAUGUAGAGAUCUGAGUUUCAAAGGUGCUAAGUAUUAUUAUAACUAUCAUGCCCAAUGAUUUUAGGGAGCCUGAUAAAUUGACAUAUUUACUCUGUCCACAUACCAGGCUACCAGUUACUUGGAUGUUGCUCAUUUAUUCAUUACAUUAUUUGGGGAGAGACCCCCCCGCACCCCAUCUGCCCCCAGCAAUGCACUCAGAUUACACUGCAAGAACAAAUAUUUAAUACAGACGUAAAACACAAACACCCUCUUAAAAUACAAAUUGAGUCUAGUGAUGGGUAUGCAGGAGAGGAAGAUAAUAAGGAGCCAAGAGCAAUCAUUGACGGGGAAAGGCACCAUGGAGAAAUGUCUGCAGGGAGAUUUUUUAGAAGUGGGGAAUGAGCUAAGUCUCAAUUCCAGACUUUACGAGCCGCAAUUGUGAUGGCUUGGCCAUCUGCCAGCCUGAAAUGUGCAGCAUUUUCCUAUAUGGCACACAAGUCCAAAGAAGGGCACAGAAGGGAGCAAAGCUUGCAAGCAACUUGUUCAGAGCCCUCUUCUCCCUGCCUCUACUUCCCCCCACCAUCGUAUCUGACGCUGGGCAGAUUCCUUUACAGCAGGAAAGAGCACUGAGGAGAUGGAUGUUGGGAGCUGCGCUGGAACUACAGUUGUUUUGACCAUCAUUUUAACUUUGGAAUUCACCUGCGUUCAUGUCGGUAACAGCCAGAAUCCUCUGCUCACCUCUUGGGAGUUUGAAGGCCUGUGGAUUAACAGAACUGAGGGGAAGCAAGAUAAUGACAGGAAGGCUCAGAGCUGUGGAAAUGGGAAAUAACCUAGGGGUGAAAGGCUUCAUCUGCUCAAACCUAGCCUGGGGUGGUAGUGAGAGUUAUUCCUCAGAUUGCAGUUCCAUGGCUUGGGUGAUCUCAGUCCAGUCCCCAGGGGUCAAGUACCCCUAAGCUGCCCCACAUUGCUGACAGGCUCAGCAGAGAGGCCAAGCACUAAAUGAGUUACAGAGUGUGACUGAGCCUCCUAUGACAGAUUUGAGGCAUUGGCAGGGCAGCGUGAGGCGCUCACCUUGCCACUUCCCAUGCUGUUACCUGAAGUGUAUCCGUUUGCAAUCACCAAGGCUGAAAUGUUCCAAGAGCUGAUGUGAUCAUGGGUGUCUUCAUUUUUGGGGGAGCCCCCCCCCCAAAAUCACUUGCGCAAUAACCUAAAUCAACAGAAAAAAAAAAGACAGUGAGGAAUCCAAGCUUCCUGUCUGAGGCAGAGCCGUCUACACCACUACCACUUCCCCUUUGAAUUUGACGUGUGGCCAAGACCACGACUCAGAACCCUGCUGCAUCCUGUAAUUUCUCUGUAAUAGUGUAUUUGAUAUUAAAGGAUAUGAAACACUUUACUUCGGAGGUACAAAAGAUACAUUUUAAGUAGGCAUGUAUGAGUGUAAGGUUUAGCAGCGUUAAAGACAAUAAAGGCUUUUUCAGCAAAGGAAUUGUCCAUUCUCUUCCCUCCCGUAUAAAAAACAACUGACAUGUGGGAAGAGGUGGCAGGGUUAUCUUUUGGUGCCUGUUGUAGCAAUUCUGCAUGUCAAGCAUUUGUGCUGGAACACGCCAAAGUACCAGCUUCUGAUACUUUAGUGGCAAUGUAGAAGUCACAUCAGGACUGGCUUAGUCGGCACCACGUACGAACAAAUCUCUCUAGUUGGUCAUUUGACUUGCAUGAUUUCCAUCUGCCAAGCCACCACUCGCACUAACCUGAGGCUCAGUCUUGAUCACUGAACCUCAUGGGAGUGGAAGGGGGCUCAGCCUUCUCAGGAUCAGGCCCC